CCCUCCACUGCAGGUCCUUCCAUUAUCAACACCAGGCCAGCACGUGAACGAGGAGUUGGAGGUGACGAUGGGUCGCUCCUCAAAAGAUAAGCGGGACAUUUACUACCGUUUGGCCAAAGAGGAGGGCUGGAGGGCGAGGAGCGCCUUCAAGCUACUGCAGCUUGACAACGAAUUCAACCUGUUCACAGGUGUGAACAGAGCAGUGGAUCUGUGUGCAGCUCCUGGCAGCUGGAGUCAGGUCCUCAGUCGGAAACUCAGAGGUCGGGAGGAGAAGGAUGAGGAGGUGAAGAUCGUGGCGGUGGACCUGCAGGCCAUGGCUCCUCUCUCAGGAGUCACUCAGAUCCAGGGAGACAUCACCAAGGUGUCGACAGCUCAGGAGAUAAUCCGUCACUUUGAAGGUCAGCCGGCCGACCUCGUGGUGUGUGACGGAGCCCCAGACGUAACGGGUCUCCACGAUGUCGAUGAGUACAUCCAGGCUCAGCUCCUAUUGGCUGCUCUGAAUAUCACCACUCACGUCCUGAAACCUGGAGGAACAUUUGUGGCUAAAAUCUUCAGAGGUAAAGAUGUGACGCUGCUGUACUCUCAGCUGAAGAUCUUCUUCAGUGGUGUGACCUGCGCUAAGCCUCGCAGCAGCAGGAAUUCCAGCAUUGAGGCGUUCGUAGUUUGUCAGAAUUACUCUCCUCCUGAAGGUUACGUCCCCAACAUGUCCAACCCUCUGCUGGAUCACUCCUACGAUGUGGACUUUAACCAGUUAGAGGGUCCAAACCGUGUCAUUGUUCCCUUCCUGGCAUGUGGUGACCUCAGCGCCUUUGACUCAGACAGAACCUAUCCUCUGCAGCUGGAUUCUGAUAAACAGUACCAGUACACGCCCCCCACUCAGCCGCCCAUCUGCCCCCCCUACCAGCAGGCCUGCCACCUCCGCAAAAACAACAUGCUUUCCAAAGAGGACGCUCCGUCCGUCGGUCCCAACCAGAGUCGAGACGAGACCGAGCUUCCGGCUGAUGGACUUCAGUUUAAAUAAUGUGUUCAGUACAAUGCUGUGCAGAAACUGUCAGCCGCUGCAGUAUAUCUUCCUACUUUCCCUCUGUGUGCUGUGAGAGGCUCAACAUGCUGUGGGUCUCUGUACCGGCUCAAUCACAAGAGUUAGUUCUUAUUGUUUCCUCUGGUUUUAUGCAGAUCUCUUCGUGACAGGUCCAUCAUCCAUCGGGCUGACUAAUUGUAAACAUUUUAUGUUCAAAGUUACAUUCAUUUUAAUAUUGACGAAAUUCUGAAUAAUGUAUUGUCUCUAUAACACAUUAUAGUGAUCAUAACACAAUAUUGGUUAUGAUCAAGUCCUCCUUACUCGCCAACAAAAAUAACCUAACAGGUCUGGUCUUUAGACCUUCAUCAUUCUUACAAGCAAACCAGUCUUUACCUUGUCAACAGCAACUCUACCUGUCUGAUAACCAUAACUGUGUUUUUAUAUUGAGUGCAUUAAAAAGGUAAAAAAUGA